AAAGUUCAGUGAUAUGUGGGUUUUCGAAAAGAACAAGUUGUGUGUAGUUAUUUUUUUGCGAAGUGUUUUUCACAAAUUUUAAUAAAUUGAGCGUUCCGCCCUACAUUCGAUGCACAAAAGAGUUCGUCGACUUACUUGAUCGUUGUCCCUGUUUACCAUAAUAAUCAUAGAAUUAUUGUCAAUUUCAAUUACAGACGAAUAUCUAACUAGAAAAUGUUAUGGAAAUUUAGUGUGAACAAUAUCUGAUUAGUUUUUGUAUGUUGCGAAUUUUCUAAUUCGUUAAGUUGAAUUGUGUUUAUUUAGUGUAAACUAAGUAGAUUUGCCAUAGUUUAUUUUUGUGGAAAUAAUAAAAAAAAAAAACAAAAUCUAAAAUGGCGGAUUUAGAGGCUGUCCUCGCUGAUGUAAGCUAUUUAAUGGCUAUGGAAAAAUCUAAAUGCACUCCAGCAGCCCGAGCAAGCAAGAAAAUAAUAUUGCCGGAUCCUAGUGUGCGGAGCGUUAUGCAAAAGUAUCUCGAAAAGGAGAAUGAAAUUAGCUUUGACAAAAUUUUCAACCAAAUAUUAGGAUAUUUAUUAUUUAAGGAUUUUUGCGAAAAUGUUUCCGAAGAACCAGUUCCACAUCUAAAAUUUUAUGAAGAGAUUAAAAGCUACGAGAAAACUGAAUGCCACGAUGAAAGGAGGAAAUUGGCUAGAGAAAUUUAUGAUAACUUUAUAAUGAAGGAAAUGCUAUCCCAUACACAUGAAUAUUCAAAAGAGGCAGUGGCACAUGUACAAAAGUAUCUUAUGAAAAACGAAGUUCCAGUAAAUUUAUUUGAACCGUAUAUAGAAGAAAUAUUCAAUCAUUUAAGGGGUGAACCAUUUCAAAAAUUUUUAGAAAGUGACAAAUUUACGCGAUUUUGCCAAUGGAAAAAUUUAGAGCUUAAUAUUCAGUUGACUAUGAACGACUUCAGUGUUCAUCGCAUUAUCGGUCGUGGUGGUUUUGGCGAAGUAUAUGGUUGUCGAAAAGCAGACACAGGCAAAAUGUACGCGAUGAAGUGCUUGGAUAAGAAACGUAUCAAAAUGAAACAAGGCGAAACUUUGGCACUCAACGAAAGGACAAUGCUCUCAUUAGUUAGCACUGGAACUGGUCCGUUUAUAGUAUGUAUGACGUAUGCAUUUCAUACACCCGACAAACUAUGUUUCAUACUCGAUUUGAUGAAUGGUGGCGAUUUGCAUUAUCAUUUAUCACAACAUGGUGUAUUUAAUGAAGCCGAGAUGAAAUUCUACGCUGCAGAAGUAAUAUUAGGAUUGGAUCAUAUGCAUCGUCGAUACAUUGUCUAUCGAGAUCUGAAGCCAGCCAAUAUAUUGCUAGACGAAAAUGGACACGUACGAAUAUCCGAUCUCGGUUUAGCAUGUGAUUAUUCUAAAAAGAAACCGCACGCGUCUGUUGGCACGCACGGUUAUAUGGCGCCCGAGGUGUUGUCCAAGGGAACGCCGUACGAUUCAAGUGCCGAUUGGUUUAGUUUUGGCUGUAUGUUAUACAAAUUGUUAAAAGGUCAUUCACCGUUCCGACAGCACAAAACCAAAGAUAAACACGAAAUCGAUCGCAUGACGUUGACAAUGAAUGUUGAGCUUCCAGAUUCGUUUAGCAAGGAGUUGAAGUGUUUGCUCGAAGGACUUUUAGUUCGAGAUGUGGAUAAACGAUUGGGUUGCAAAGGACGAGGAGCGGAAGAGAUUAAAGAACACAGCUUCUUUGCUGGUAUCGAUUGGCAUCAGGUGUACAUUCAAAAGUACACACCACCUCUAAUACCACCGCGAGGUGAAGUUAAUGCUGCUGAUGCAUUCGAUAUAGGUUCAUUUGACGAAGAAGACACCAAAGGUAUUAAGCUAACUGACGCUGAUGUAGAUAUGUAUAGAUUUUUCCCAUUGACAAUUUCGGAAAGAUGGCAACAGGAAGUAGCAGAAACUGUUUUUGAAACUGUGAAUUUAGAGGCUGACAAAUCUGAACAAAAAAGAAAAUCGAAACAAAAGCAACGUUUCGACGCUGACGAAAAAGACUCCGAUUGUAUAUUACAUGGAUACAUUAAAAAGCUAGGUGGUUCAUUCGCAUCAGUUUGGCAAACACGUUACGCUAAACUUUAUCCAAAUAGGUUAGAACUACAUACAGAGAGCAGUAAUGCCAAACCAGAACUGAUUUUCAUGGACCAAAUAGAGGAAGUUCCGGCUGAAUUUACACAAUUCAAGAACGAACAAUGUAUUCAAAUAAAGUUCCGAGAAAGUCUUCGAGCGGGCAACAGUAUCAUUCUUACAAAUCAGGACGAAAUAGGUUUAAAAGAAUGGGCUCUAUCGCUCCGAUCAGCACACAAACUAUCCCAAGAACUGUUGGGCUCAAUGGCCCGUAAGGCGGGCAAAAUAUACGGCACCGAACGUGAAGCUAUCAAAACAACCAUCAUCACCGGUGCCAGUGUUCAACAGAAAAGUACGAAUGGAAGCAACUAGCGGUUACUUUUACGAUCUCGGUCUUGUUUCAUCGAGCCGAGUCGUUUGAAGGAGCCACUAUCGAAAAUAUCUAAAUGCAAAGAUGCUUAAACAGUGAGCAUUUUUCAUGUUUCGUUUUUACUUGUUUUGUGUAGACACCGACCGAAUGAACGUUAAUACACGUUUUUGUUUAGAUGCAAAAUGAAAGAUAGAGAGAGAUAGUUGAAUACAACAACCUAUAUGAAUAAAGGAAGAAAACCCAGGGCAUGACAUUUGUCUGAAGUCGAUGCUGAGCGUUUUUAGGAAUGGUAAAGAAAAUUGAAGAAUUAAGAGAAAAUGAAGAGAUUUCAGUCUACAGCUGCAAAGUGUUCGUAUUGUGUAAUCAAUUUGUAAUCCAAAACUAUUUAUUUUCAACAAAAUUCAACAUAUUGAUCAGUUGUCGUGAUUUUAUUUUUCGUUUUAAUUAAAAUAAAAAUGGAAAAUUGGUUUAAAAUCUUUCAGUGAGACAUACAAAAAGAAGAACGAAAACAAUCAAACCAAAAAUAUAAGAUAUAAAAAAAACUAUUUGUACGUCGUAUAUGGCCUUAUAUAUACUUUUAUUUAUUAAAAAAAUGAAAAGAAAUGAUAUAAAUAAAGAACAUAAAUAAACAAACAAAAAAAAUGUUAAAUUAAAUGUACGUGUGUGACUAACAAAGUUAAAAACAAAUGGAAAAGCUAAAAGAACAUUUUAUGGAAAAUAUUUGCCAAAAGAUAAAAUAAAAAAAAUGAAAAUAUUGUAACUGUGGUAAUUAAUUUAAUUUAUUUUUACAUGUAAAUAAGUAAUCAUCGUUAGGUUUUUAAACAAAAAUAUUUAAAAAAAAAUACGAGAGGUUUGAACUCGUCGAACGGCUGACCUGUAUCCAUGAUUCGCUACUUUCGUACAAAUUCAUGUUGAUAAAAAAGUAAUUCCAUGAAACUAUUGAAAAUUGCCGAUGUAAAUGCUUCGUGUUACUCGUGUAUGUGGGAAUAUUAUUGAUCCGAGUCGAAGCAGAGAUCAAUAAUGACACAUAAAAAAGGUGACUUUCCAUUUUUAUCCCGAGUUAUGUCAAAACAAGGAACACUUUACGACCCUAGGGUUGUAAAAUGUGUAUUCUGUGAAAAUCAUUUAAAUCACGAAUAGCUACAAAUAAUCAAGAUGAUUCUUUCGUUUUUUUUUUAAUUUCCCAACAACAGAUAUAUCAAAGAACUUAAAUAACUGAUAGAAGGAGGAUAUUGUCCGAAAACUGAGAGUUCAACAUUUCUAGAGAUUUUUCAAAUGGGGAGAGACAAAUCGAUAUAUGCGGUGUGUUUUAACUAUGUAAGCUCAGCUACUAAGCUGCCUACAUUUUCAAAAUAUCAGAACAAAAAUUUAGCGCUUUUUACAAAUAUGCAGGCAACCUAGAUGGCUAAAACCGACUGCGUUACACCGAUUUAUCUCGCCAAAUGUCAAAAAUCUUGCGAUGUAUUGAUAAUUUUUUGUUCGAUAUCCUCCUUCCAUCAGCUAUUGCAAGGACUUCUUAGUUGUUUCUAUCUUCUUUUCGAAGUUUCCCUAUUUUUGUUUAAUUUCUCAAUCACAUACGAAUCAUAAAAGUCAUUGCAAGUUACUGAUAACCAUUAAAUGUAUCACCAAACAGUGUACAACACUGUUAAUCAUUAAGUGUGUUGUUCCACGUACAAAUCUUGCAUAAGCAGUGUGACGAGUUCUUACCCCCCAUAAAAAAAAAUUGAUGGAUAAAGAAAAACGAUAAAAUUAUCAACAAAAAUAGGAACAUUGAAUAAAUUAAUAGAAAAAACAAAAACAAAUAAAUUAACCAGAAAAAGAUUGCACUUUAAAUAAAUGCUGAACGUUGAGCACACGUCUCACUCAUUCCUACGUUAGACGUAAACUUCCCUUUCUUUUUCCUUUAGACACCACGAAUGAACCAGUUUUUAGUGCGUGUAACCUAAACAAGCAAAAUGUACAAUCGUCUCUGUAUCGAAUCGCCAUAAAA